AUGAGCGCUGCACCGCAGACACAGGCUCUUGAAGGGGCAGAGCUGAAAGAAGCUAUCAAGCGCCAGGUGGAAUUCUACUUUUCUCGGGCCAAUUUGGCCAACGAUGCGUACCUCGUCUCCCACAUGAACUCGCAAACGUACGUGCCAGUGGAUAUUAUCAUUAGCUUCUCCAAGAUCAAGCAGCUUACGAGCGACACGGCGCUGCUGGUGGAAGCUGUCGAGGACUCGACCGUCUGCUCACUGAACUCGUCGAAGGACGCCAUCCGACCGAACAUCAAGUCGGAGCGCACGACCAUUAUUUUGCGCGAGAUUCCGUCGUCUACGAAGCCGGAAGAAGUGGAAGCGAUUUUCCACGGGUGUGGUAAGGUUGCUAAUGUGCGAAGCGACGUUGGCGACACGUGGUUCGUUACGAUGAAUACGGAAGCAGAAGCAGUGAGCACGCUGCUUGCUUUACGCAGUAAGACGUUCAAAGGCGCCGCACUAAAGGCUCGUCUGAAAUCAGAGAACAUGCUCAAGUCGUUUUACCCCACGCAGCCUGCGGAAAACGUGAUUGCGCCUGGCAUGAGUGCGCCGUAUGGUGGCCGUGGCUACUAUGCGUCGCCGAACAUGGGCUUCUACGACAAUUACGGCGUCCCGUACAAUGCAGUAGAUCCGCGUGCGGGUCAGAACUAUAGCAACAAUGUUGUUGAGAAGGAACGAUAUGCUGGCAACUUUCAGCGCGGUGGCGCUGGCGGUGGUCGUGGGUUUGGCCGACAGAGCCGGUCUAAUGGGCCUGGUACGUAUCACCAGAAAGAGGGCCGCGCGAAGAGCGGUAGCUUUGAGCAGCGGAGAGCUGGAGGUCCUCGAAAGAACAAGGAUAGUCGUCCGAAGGCGGCGGUCCCUCAGCAAGCGAAUGAUAGUAGUGACGAGAAGAAGACCGCGCCUGCUGCGGCGUCCGAGCGCCAACCCAUUAUGAACGCGGCGAACUUUCCUCCGCUGCCCACGGCUGUGGAAAAGGAUGAAGCGUCAAAAGUGAUCACGCACAAGUAUGUUCACGAGGAUAUCAUGGAAAUCGUGAAGAACAUGGAUGAGAAGGAUUGUAUGCUGCCAGAAGGCGAGAUGGAUUAUACCGCACACCCAGCUGCUUUGACCGCCGAAGCACAUCCUGAUCUGCUGCGUAACCAGCGUACGUACAGUAUUGAGCAGGCUCGUGACGCCAUGCGUCAAGGACGGCCGAUCCGUAGUGACUCCGUUGGAUCUAUCGAUUACGAGAGCAUGAUGUACGGUGAAGAUUACACCAAGGAUGCCCGCGAGCAACGCAAGCAAAAAGUGGAAAGCGCGCCUGCAUCGACGGACGCUGUUCUUUCCCCGAAGCCCACUUCUGCUGGACCCGCAUCGGCAAAAGCGACGGUAGUGCCUGCAAAGAUCGUUGGCUACGCUGCAGCUGUCAUCCAUGGCACCCCAGCGCCUACCCCGGCCGUGGACUCGAAGAAAAAGCAGCCCGUGUCGAAGUCCAACUCGAAAACCGCUGGUAAGGAAGCGGCGAAGUCCACCAAAGAUGCAGCCAAGACUGGUGAUACUGCGCCGAAAGCUGCCGCUGCCCCGGUGGUGGACGAGUCUUUGCCGAAAGCUGGUGCAUGGGGAGGGCGUAACUUUCUGGAUGUCGUGAAGGCCGACCCGCCUGCUGCAUCAGAGAAGGCGACUUUGGCUGAUUCUGCGAGCACUGAUGAGAGCAAGUAG